AUGGAAAAUCAUACAGAAAACAAUAGUUCUCAGAAUAAAAGUGGGAAAAUUGUAGCUAUACUAGUGAGCAAUAAUGAAAAGACUGCAGAAAAUUAUGAAAUAAAAGAAGAUGAAAAACAAAUAAUAAUUGGAAGAAGCCCAAACUCAACUAUAAAACUAAAUGAUAGUAAAUGCAGCAAAAUACAUUGCAUGAUAACAAUUAUAGAUUCCAAAGAUGAAAUUGAAUUUUUAGUUGAAGAUUUUUCAUCAAAUAGCACUUUUAUUAAUAAUAACACUGUAACAAUUACCUAGAUCGGCAAAGGAAAAAUUUCGACUGCUCAAUUUGGUGAUAUUUUAACAAUUCUUCGAGAAAAACAAGUUGGCCCAGAUAAAAAAAUCGAAUUUGUUUUCCAAAAACCAACAGAAAAGCGCCCACAUGAAAAUGACGAGAAUUUUUCAAAUAAAUCUAAAAAAACAAGCACAUCUUUAGAAGAACAGUUUAAAUGCCAAAUUUGUAUGGGAAUAAUGUAUCAGCCAGUCACAUUAUUUCCAUGUUUACACAACUUUUGUGGAGGAUGCUUAUCAGGCUGGACAACUCAGUCAUUUAAAUGCCCAAAUUGCAGGGUAAAAUCAGAAGAGGUAAGAAAAAAUAAUUUUUUGACUGAGUUAAUUGCUACCUAUUUAAAGGAAAAUCCAGAUGCUAGAAGAGAUGAAGAAGAACUAAAAGAUCUGAAAUCAAGAAACAAGUUUAAUAGAGAUACAGUUAAAUUAGGGGUUGAUAUAAAACUUGCAAAUGAAAAUGAUAUCGAGGAUGGAGAAGAAUUUAUGAUGUUUAAUCCAGGAGAUUAUGUGAUAGAUGAAGAAAGUGAUGAUGACUGAGACAUAAAAGAAAAAGAAGUAAAAUCCCCUCAAAGACUGCCAAAUCCUUAUGAAAUUAAAAGAGGGAUUGGGCCUAAUAGAAGGAGACCUGCACAAGUUAAUAGAAAUAAUUAUGAAAAAACUGAUUGUUUGCAAUGUGAAAAUCUAAUUGAUGGAUUUCAAUGCCCAAGGAACCAAAAUCAUAUACAAUGCAAGAAUUGUCAUAGAUAUAUGCCUCAAAGAGCUGGAACGAAUCAAGAUUGUGCUAUUUGUGGAACACACUAUUGUAAUAAAUAUUGAAAAAAUGGGCUAGGGUGUAUUGAUGGAUUAAAUGAAAUUAUCAAUAAUGUAAGGUUUUUCAAUAAAAUUCCUAAAGAAUCUAUGAAGGAAAAUCCAAUAGAGCAAACUAUUUUGGCUGAUUAUAUAAAUAAUUAUCAAAUUAAAUUUGUGGAUAUUGCAAAUGAGAUGAUACAAGCUAUGGAAAUUGAAAGAUGAAAUAUGAAACUAGGUAAAAUUUAUAUAGAUGGAAAAAAUACUAUUUUGAAUAGAAAUUCACUUGUUUGCAAAAAAUGCUCAAAGUUGGUAUGAUGCGAGUUAAUUUAUAGGUUUAGAGAGAAGAUUCCUAAAGAUAGGCUGCCAGUUUCGAUACUUCAAAAGAAAAAUUGUUGAUAUGGCAGAGAAUGCACAACUCAAACACACAACAUUGAGCAUGCCCAGAAGUUGAAUCAUAUCUGUGCUCAAGUAAAAUCUAUGUAGACCCGAGAUAAUUAG